AUGGAUUUGUCAUUCUCCAACGAGUUUGAUGAUAUAAUCGAGAUCAAUGAAGAGGAUGAGAUCAAUGACGUUCAAUCUGCAUUAGUCGAUGACGAUUUUUUGUCAGGUGAUGAUGAUUUUUGUUCGAAUGAUCAUGAUAAUCCCUCAAUCGGAAAAGUUGACAUCAUGGAUGACCACAAUAUUCAAGUUCCUGUUAUAUUACACAAUUUUGUAUUUUGUUAUAAUACUAUCAAAAAAUUGACAUUUCAGAAUCAUGUUACAGACAUUGAAUUAUGUAAAGAGAGAAAAGAUGAUUAUCUUGAUCAACACUUGGUAAUAGCUGACAUGUACAAAAGAUAUGCAUGUGCAGCAGGUUUUGAUGUUAGAAAGUCAACAAACAAAAAGAAGCGUAAAAUUGUGUACAUCAAAUAUCUUCUAUGUAACAGGGAAGGUUUCCCAAAUACAUCUCCUGUUGAUACUUUGGACCCAAAAAUAAAAAAACACAAUUAUCCACUUUUAUCAAGAGACAAUAUGUUGUUUUCACGUCAUCAUAGGCAGUUGGAUGACACUAAAAAAUCUUUCAUUCUUACAAUGUCUAAUCAGAAUAUUGGUGCAACCAUAGCUCACAGGCUGUAUACAAGUAUUCUUCGUGGAUACAAAUUUGUAGGCGGUCUAAUUGAUGACUUUAAAAAAUACAUGAGGGAUCUCAAUUGCUUUAUUGGUGGUAGUGAUACUCAGAUGCUAGUGGACAAGCUGAAUAACAGAAAAGAGAAUUUGAAUGCUCUUUUCUGGGCAGAUGAAACAUCCAAGAUCAAUUAUAAAGAGUUUGGUGAUGUAGUUUCUUUCGAUGCUACUUUUCGAACUAACAUGUUAAUUGAUAAUCACAAGAGGUGUGUCACUUUUGUUGCUGGCUUGUUGAGCACAGAAGACACUGAUUCUUAUAUAUGGUUGUUGAAAUCUUUUCCUAAAGCUUUUGGCAAACAACCAUUGUUGGUUUUAUCCGACCAAGACCCUGCAAUGAAGAAAGCCAUCGAAACCGUUUUCCCAGAAUCGAUUCAUAGGCUUUGCAUGUGGCAUAUCACAUCUAAAUUGCCAUUGAAGGUUUCUUUGAACAUUUUCAACAAUCCAGAAUUUCGUAAAAAUUUCAACUUCUUGAUAUGGAAUUAUAGGCUUGAAGGUGAUGACUUUGAGGUAGGGUGGAAGUCCUUAUUGAAUGAAUAUAAGCUCACAGAUAAUAAAUGGUUGGAUGAUAUGCAUGGAUUGAUACAUUUCUGGUUCAAGCAUGUACCUUUAUUAGGACUAAUGAGAACCACAUCUCAUUUUGAAAUUGCUAUGGAGAAGCAAAGACUCGCUCAAUCAUCAUUUGACUUCAAGACUAACGACAAACAUCCAACAAUGAGGACACCAUUUGAGAUCGAGAGGAAUGCAUCAAUGUUUUACACUCGCACUGUUUUUCGUCAAGUUCAGAAUGAAAUGUCAUUGUCUAUGAAGUUGAAAAUGAUGAUCAAUAGGAUAUACCUAUACGUGAGUCUACUUACAAGCAAAAAUCACACCAGAUUGACAGAAUACUUGGAGGAAAUAAAGCAGCUUGAAGCAAAGUUCCUUUCUAAUAUCACAACUCAUGAAAAAGGAAACAAGAAUAAAGAUUUCGAAAAAACACUUGGUGUUACCAUUCCCACUAGUGUGGAUAUUCACAAUCCAGGAGAAAUCCGCAACAAAGGAAGUGGCACUAAAGAAACAAUGAAAAGUUCGAGAGAGGUUGCAACAGAAAAAUCAAAGGGUUCCAGAUGCAGUUAUUGUCGCAAGGGAAACGAUCAUGAUUGGCGAAAUUGUCCUGUAAGGAAAGAAGAUGAAAAGAACAACAUUUUCAAAGAACGUCCCGGAAAGAAGAAUUAA